AUGAGGUCCCGAGCCGAUCUUGAACCUACAGCUUUUGUGGAUCUGCAAGCCCUCGAACUAUUCCUGCAAGAGAAAGCAGGAUACUGGGUUUGGGACUCCUUGAAAGGCCGCAAUGAAGACGUGGUCAGCUUUGAAAACCUUUGGGCUCUGUUCAGACCUGGCGAUUACCUCGUUGUUCAAGAUCGCCUGGAGGAGAAAGUCCUUUUCAAAUUCACGCGCAUGGACGAAGUUUCAGACACAGUGGGCUUUAAAAAGGACUUUUGCGUCGCCAUGGCGGUGAACUUUUGGUUCGUCAGUUGGAGUCCAGGCGAAAAAAGAUUCCGACAGAAGUAUCAGCUGGUCAAAAUAGAGCGCUAUGUCGGACAGAAAAAAGCCAGCACCCUACCGAUAUAUCCUCUACGAUACGAGGACGAGGCCACUCAGAAGGUUCUACUUGAUCGCCUACAUGAGCGAGGGAAAAAGUGGGCAAAUCUGGUGUCGAACUCUCCGACUUGCUUCAACCAUUCUGGACAGGGUCUGCCACUGUCUCGGGGAGUAGUACCUGAAGACGUGGACAUAACACAGGUGCAAGGUCGAAUGGUGCUGGACUUGCGAGAUGUCAUGCAGCUCCGCAACACCGUAGCUGAAGUUGAAUUCGGACCCAGCUCAAGCGAAGUGGAUGAGAAGCUGAACGACUCCUGGAGCGAGUCCCGACUCUCCAAACUAUAUGACCCAACACAGUACAGACUUUGUCCUCCUCACAUCAGUUGCUACCACCUGGAGACCGGCAAACACUACCUGGUGAGUGUCACCAAUCUCGAUCCGGUAUGUUGGGAACGUUCUGCACUUGACCAACUUAUUCUGGACGAGGAAAAGAAGAGCUUCCUCAAAACUCUCGUGAGCAAUGCUGCAAACUUUAAGCUCAAGGCCGGCGACAUUAUUGCGAAUAAGGGCCGUGGACUGACAAUCAUCCUUCAUGGGCCCCCAGGAGUGGGCAAGACUUUGACAGCGGAAUGCCUCGCGGAGUAUGCGAAGAAGCCUAUGAUUCCCCUUAGUGUGGGCAAUCUGGUCGGCAUUGAAGACUCCAUGGAGGACGAAUUGACAGAGGCUUUCGCAAAGGCAAGCCGGCUUGAUGCUAUACUGCUGCUCGACGAAGCGGAUGUGAUCUUGGAAGCACGGUCUUUCGAAGAUGUACGAAGAAAUGGCAUGGUUUCUGUGUUUCUCAGACAUUUGGAGUACUACAGUGGCAUCCUGUUUCUCACGACCAACCGAAUCAGCGCAAUGGACCCUGCUUUCCAAUCACGAAUCCAAGUUGCCAUCCAGUACUUCGAGCUCAGCCACAGACAGAGAAGCGACAUCUGGCAGAGUUUGCUGAAUAGCAAGGUUAUAGAUUGUACCGAGCACGACAAGGAUACCAUUAUAGACCGACUGGACGAAUUCGCGGAUUAUCCUCUGAACGGACGUCAAAUCCGCAACGUCUUGAACUUGUCCGCAAUCACGGCAGCAGCAGACAUCACCAGUGACUACAAGGUUCAAGUCAGGCAUGUUGAGAAAGCGCUGGCUGAGGCUGUGAAGUUCCAGCGGUUCUUCGACGAUGGGAACAAGGACACGAAGAACAGGAAUCGGGUCUGGAAACCGUUUGCUCCUCCGCAGCAGCGCACACGCAUUUAG